AUGCCACCACUUUCUAAACUCCAAGGAAAAAAUGUCAUAAUCACGGGAGCAAGCGUGGGAAUUGGUGAAGAAAUGGCAUACAUAUGUGCUAAGCAUGGUGCUAAUAUCGUAAUAGCGUCUCGUAGAACAAAACUUUUAGAAAAAGUUGCGUCCGAGUGUAAUAAAAUAUCCCCAAAUCAACGAAUAAAGAUCGUUACAUGCGACCUCAAACAUGAAGAAGGCUGUGAAUAUUUAUUAAAUUCAUCAGUAAACUACUUUAAUGAAAUUAAUAAUAAAAAACCCGAAAUAGAUAUGUUAAUAUUGAAUCAUGCCAUGUCAUUAUUUGAACAUAUGGACUUUAAUAAUCCAGCAUUAAUGAUUGAAAAACUUCGAGAUAUAAUGAUGGCAAAUUUAAUUGGAUUUGCUACGUUGUCACACUUGGCCAUACCGCACAUGAUUUCUAAAAAAGGGGAAGAAUUUAAAUCAAUUAUAGUCUUAUCCUCAUUUAUGUCCAUGAUUUCAUUAGGAAUGUCGUGGGCGUAUUCCACUUCAAAAGCAGCAGUUAACUCAUAUUUCGUCUCAUUGAAUGAAGAAUUAGAAUAUCAAGGAUUACAAAAUCAAAUCAAAAUUACUUUAUGUUAUUUAGGAUCAAUUAAUACGAUUACAAUGAGGAACAAUACUGAUAAAUAUUUCCCAAAAUGGUUGAUUGAUCAUGUAGUUGUGAAUGCUGAAGAAACCGCAAAAAUAAUCUUACAAAGUGGAUUAAAUGGGCAAAAAGAAUUAUGGUAUCCUAGUUAUGGCGUUUUGUUUAGAUAUGCUUACGGAAUCUUUCCGGGAAUAAUGAGAAAAUUAGGGUUCCUAAUACAAAAACACCUAAUGACAAAUUAG